GCCAAAUCUCGCCGGCGAAGAGGAGGGCCGUCCAAAAUGGUGGCGAGGCCUGCGCGCCAAGUGGCACUUGGAACUUCUGUUGCUCCUUCCCUCAAUGACCAUUUCUGAAUUGAAUGCAAACUAUCUCAGCCCCAUUGCAAACGUUACAGAGCAGUGAAGAUAUUUCAUCGUGACGUGCCAGCACAAUGCAAGGAACUCAGAUCACUGUUAAAUCGCUAUUGUAGAUCUGCCAUUUCCUAGAACUUGGGUGUGGUGCUCCUCGGGGUUGAAGAUGACUUCAGCCAUUCCUUACCUCAUCUGCAGAUGCUACCAACAGUGUCAAAGUGCCAGGCAUCGGGCAUUCUCAACCACACUCUGCAGCUGGUCUCCUACCAGGAACAGCAAUUACUAUGAUUUGCUGGGAAUCAAACAGGAUGCCACCUUAGAGGAGGUCAAGCAAGCCUUCUUCAGGAAAUCCAAAAAGCUCCAUCCUGACAGUGAUCCAUCCAACCCGGACCUGCAUAGCCAGUUUGUGAAGCUGCACGAGGCCUACAAGGUGCUGAGCAAGGAGAGCAGUCGGCGGUGCUACGAUCGCCUGAGAACCGCUCAGGGACCCCAGUCUUCCUCAGGCAGCUACCACAGCAGCCCCAAGAGACAGCCCUUCGAUUUUGGCAGCUUUGGAGCAAGGAGAGAGUCAGAUCCCAACGAGAACGUCCGUUACUGGCAGCAGUUCCACAAGCCCCCUGUGGAGUCCUUCUCGGGUCCUGAGCUGGAGGAGAAGCAGCGCCUGAACAGGAGGCUCUUCGGCUACUGUUUACUCAUGAUGCUGGGUAGCCUCCUUGUCCACUAUGUGGGGUACAGGAAGCUGGAGGAAGCGCACAACCAUUUCAUGGAUGAGAAGGACCGAGUCAUAACUCAGAUCUACAAUGAGAACAAGGAGCGAGCCAGGUCCAUCAGCCUCCAGGAGCAGCAGGAGCUGCUGCGGCAGAAGCGUGCCGAAUUCGCUCAGCGCUACGGCAUCCGGCACGGACAACUCCCACGAACAACGGGAGCCUCGGACUCUGUUAAGGACCCACCUGCUCCCUCCUCCACUGCCAAGUGAAGCUCCGGUCCUGGACUUGCUUCUUCCAGCAGUUGCUGGAGAGAUUCUGACGCCAAGUACAAAAGAGAGGAUGUGUUCGUGUUUUAGUGUGUGUGUGUGGGGGGGGAUGUUGGCGGAGUGCCCCCCCCCAUCUCUGCUGCUCAUCUAUCUGUAAAAUAGAAACAUGUUGUAAGAAGGGGCUCGCCGUUGCUUUUAUGGAGAGAGAAGCCGUCGAUCAGAAGUGGAGGCCCUGCUUUGCCUACCGAAGGUCACAGGUUCAGUUCUUGGCAGCUCCUGUUAACUAGUGUCGGGGAAGACAUUUCUGUGCUCGAGAUUUUGGACAACCAGUCAGAGUAGGCAAUGUUGGCUCAGAAUGAACCAAUGACCUGCCGCUGUUAGGCAGUUUUGUAUGACCCAGCCUACUCCUUGCAGGACCCCCUACCACCACCCCAUUAACCCCUCCCCCAAUUGGACUUGGGCUGGAACUUCAGAGGAAGGCUGACGAUUUCUGGCCGCUGCUAUAAGGAAACCCUUCUUUUCUCAGCUAUGGAAUCCUCUGCCAGUGGAGGAACUGAUGGGCACAAGCAAAGAUGGCUUUAAAAGGGGGUCAGACAGCUUCAUGGAGGAGAGGUCCGUCAAUGGCUACUAGCCAUGGUGAGUGAAGGGAGCCUCCAUCUCCAGAGGCAGCAAACUUCUGAAUUCCAGUGCAGGGACACAGCAGCAAGGGGGGGGGGCUCAGCUUCUCAUACGGCCCUCCAGGGCAACUGGUCUGCCACUGUAUGAAACAGUAUGCUAGAUGGACAGAAGGGUCUGAUCCAGCUGGUUCUUCUUGCGUUCUUUGGUGCCCCUUCCUUGCAUAGCCAAACCUUGAAGAAUGCACAGGGCAUGUCAGCUGCCCGCCAGAACACCACGGCCAGCAAAGCUAUCAAGGCUCCCGCCUCUGGGCUCCAUUUCUGAAAGGAUGAGUCCCUUCAGCUAGCCCCAGUUCCACUUUGGGGCAGCUUUCUCUUGCUCUCCUGCCCAUGAGCAAGGGAAACAGCAAUUGAGGUGUGCCCGGGUAGGCGUAGGAGCGGGUGGGUGGGUGGGGAAACUUUGCUGCCAAGAGUCCACUGUGCUAGCCUCAGGAAGCCAAGCUGGGCUGUCAGCAUUAAUCCAGGCAAUGUUUUUCUCAAACGUCUGCACACAUCCCCAAAUUAAAUCAGAAUAAUCAAAAGAUUUACUUUUUUUUUUAAAGCAAGAAUU